AUGGCAUUUUUUCUCAAAGGACUGAGCAAGGCUGCACCGAUCGCAUUCGGCGGCACCAGUUUCCGCGUGCCUUUUGGAGCUCUUGCCGCGAUUUCUGGUGGCUUCUCGUAUUAUUACUACUUUUCGUCGCCAAAUUUGGUUUAUUUAGAUCAGCCCAGUGAAGAUACUUCUCCAAAAGUUGCACUAAAUCCUGACAAAUGGAUUGAAUUCAAACUUCAAGACAAGGCACAGGUCAGCCACAAUUCUCAGUUAUUCAGGUUUUCAUUUGAUCCCACUGCAAAGUUAGGUCUUGAUGUUGCAUCCUGCAUUAUUUCGAGGGCACCAGCAGGACAAAAUCCUGAAGGAAAACCCAAAUAUGUUAUUCGUCCUUAUACACCUAUAUCGGAUCCAGAUGCCAAGGGAUACUUUGAUUUAUUAAUUAAGGUGUAUCCAGAAGGUAAAAUGAGUCAGCAUUUUGCCAGCUUAAAACCAGGAGAUGUCGUAGAAGUGAAAGGACCUAUUGAAAAGCUCAGAUACAGUCCCAAUAUGAAGAAACAUAUUGGCAUGGUAGCAGGAGGCUCUGGCAUCACUCCGAUGCUUCAGAUAAUAGAUGCUAUCCUUAAAAACCCUGAUGAUAAUACCCAGGUGACAUUGCUCUAUGCUAAUGUAUCUCCUGAUGACAUACUUCUCAAAAAGAAGCUAGAUGUACUUGCAGCUAAGCACCCGAACUUGAAGGUAUUCUACACUGUUGAUAACCCAACAAAAGAUUGGCAAGGAGGCACGGGUUACAUAUCAAAUGACAUGGUUAAGAAAGGAUUGCCUGGCCCUGGUGAUGACACACUUAUUCUUGUUUGUGGUCCUCCUGGAAUGAUGAAACAUAUAUCCGGUGACAAGGCAAAAGAUUAUUCACAAGGAGAGUUGACUGGCAUACUCAAGGAGCUUGGAUAUACAGAAAACAUGGUAUACAAAUUUUAA